UAGGGGUCUAGUCGCUUUUCACUUUCUCCUCUGCUCGGGUCUGGAUUAUGGAGAGGAGAAGAGAAUCGCCUGCGAUGGCGCGGGAGGAGGGUCGGGGGUUGGACUUCCUCGAGAGCCUGGGCCCGGACAUCUCCGCCACCGUCUUCAGCCUGCUCGACGACCCCGCCGACCUCGCGCGCGCCACCGCCGUCUCCCGCUCCUGGCGCCGAUUCGUUAUUGCAAACCAGUUCAGCAAGAUCCUGUGCCUGUGGGUUUACCCGGAGGUUUCCAACUUCACGCGUGUUGAGCUGAGCAGCAUCAGCAGUGCACACCGAAAUGCUGGGUCAAGUGCUUUUGCUGGGCUGGAGAAGCUCGGGAGGGAUCACAGAGUGUAUAUGCAUCUUAGCCAUGAUCUUCUCUCGCCGUAUGACCCCAAGGAUUGCAUCAGUUGCUGCGUAGGUGCGUCCAGCACUGAUCAUUUGCCUGAAGAGGCCAUAGAAAAUACCCUUGAACAUGAUGAGGAGUGGAGACCGUCUUAUUGGUCGAGCGGUGGCCAGAAAGAUCCUGCUGUGCCAGAAUGCCUGAUAUAUAGCCUUCAGUCAGAGCUGUGUCUCGUUGAUGAAAUCAGGAUACGGCCAUUAAAAGCAUUUUUCCGAUAUGGUCAUCCGAUAUAUUCAGCAAAACACGUCCGGUUCCGCCUGGGCUAUCUAAAACCACCCCACUGGUCUGAAACACAUGUAUAUGUUCAAAGUGACGCGGAGCUGACUGAUGAUAGCAACUAUGUCUGGACGUACACAUCUCCGGAAUUUCCAAUGUUGCAGGAAAAUGUGAUGCAGUCUUUUAAGCUACCACACUCAGUUCUAUGUAUUGGUGGAGUGGUAAAGAUUGAGCUUCUUGGGAGGGUCCACAAGGACACGUUUGACGGUCUGUACUACAUAUGUGUGUCUCAUGUCCAAAUAGUGGGGAAGCCACUGUCAGAAGAUUUUGGGGUCGCUCCUAGCAAAAAUGAUGUAGUUCUCAGUUACUAUCUGGAUUAUCGUAGAUUCGGGGGACGAUCACAACAAAGUACUUGGCUUUGCGAUGAGGAUCUGGCACUUCGGUAUGGCUCGAGGGAUAGGAGGACUGAACCAUGAGUGUUGAGCAGGCUGCCCGGUGGGUACAUAAAAGAGAUGAAUCAGAGGAGAAGCUUCCAUACAAGUGAAGCGUAUCUCGUCGAGCUCGUGUCUAUUGGUUUCGAAUAAAACAAGUCCUUUGUGAUCCUGUGGGAAACUGAAAAUGCAUUUGCUUGUGUAACUGACAAGCACAAAAGAGACGCAUGAUUGACUCGCUUCUUAUAAAAUCAGUGCUAAUAUCAUUAA